GCUAGAGAAGUUAUAAACAUUGGGUAAAUAGAUGCUUUAUAACAUGUAAUAAGUAAUUUCCAUUUCGCAGCCUUAACUCGGAGAAAGGUAGGUACUUAUUAGAAAUUAGAAGUAAUCAAAGAAAGUCUAGAACGAAAGUAGCAUAAAGCUGUCUAAAAACCUAUGAUGACCGACAAAAUGGAACUAAACGAGGAGUGGAACAACUUCAUGAAGAAAGUCGGCGAAGUGUCGAGCUUGGUCAAAGACAUGGCCAGCGGAGACAAGGAGAAGGCCGAAGCUGCUAAGCAACUCGCCGAUCGGUACAUUGAGGGCAAAGUCAUCGUGGACGAGGACGUGAAGAUGACUGUGAAACACGAUCGUACUGUCAUCAACCAGAAAGCUUUCGAGAAUACUGAGGGUAAUAAGGGCGAAAUAGACAAAGAUGCGUGGAUGAAAGAAGUCAGUAAAGAUGCCGAAAGGCGCGCACUCGACCGAAAAAUUCGUCGUGAAAAAGCAGAAACGCUUAAAACUCAAGCAGUCAAGGCGUUCCGUAGAGGUGAAUAUGAGAGAGCUCUGUCCUGCUAUAACAGGGCUAUCGACGAAGUUAGAGACAAUCCCAUGUUGUACUGCGACAGGGCGCUUACCAAUAUCAAGCUUGGAAACUUUGACAAGGUAGUCGCUGACUGUGAAUUGGCUCUACGUCUGAACGAGAAUAGUUUCAAAGCCCGACUCUAUCGGGCGAAAGCUUACAAGGAGUUGGAUGAGUCAGAAAAGCUGGACAUUAGCAGAAAGGAACUGAGUGAAAUGUUCUUGCAGCACGAGGACCUCAUUACGUAUUUCUUGGAUAAACAAUUCGAUAACAAUGAGACUGAUGAGCAGUCAUAAGUUACAAGCUAAUGGUUACUACGCGAUUUCUCGGAAACUCGUUUGUAAAUUUCUGAUGGACCUAUCAUUAUUUUAGGUUGCGUAAUAGAUAUUGUAAUUGAUAUAAUAGUUAUCUAUACUAAUAUUAUA